AUGUCCGGCAAUUCCACAGGCCAUCUCAUCGACAGGUGCCAUGAGGUGUCGGCCCUCUGCCCCGUCGAGGCCACGGUGCUGGGCUACUACCCCAACCUCGGCUCGAGCAUCUUCUUCACCGUCGCCUUCGGCCUGUGUCUCGUCGCCGCCGUGCCGCUCGCCGUCUGGAAGCGUACUUGGACGUACGGUGCGGCCGUCACCCUGGGAUUGAUACUGGAAACGGCCGGCUACGUCGGCCGCAUACUGCUGCACGCGAAUCCCUGGGAUGAGGGCGCGUUCGAGCUGCAGAUCUGCGCCAUCAUCAUCGGCCCGACCUUCAUCUGCGCCGCCAUCUACCUGACGCUCAAGCACGUCGCCCUUGCCCUCGGCCCCAACCUGUCACGCGUGCCGCCCGUCUGGUAUCCGCGACUCUUCCUGCCCGCCGACCUCGGCUGUCUCGUCGUUCAGGCCAUCGGCGGCGGCGUCGCCUCGGCCGCCGGUCACGCGAAGCCCGCCCUCCAACGCAGCGGCAACCGGCUCAUCGUCGCCGGCGUCGCCCUUCAGGUCGUCGUCCUGCUCCUCUUCGGCCUGCUCGCCCUCGACUACUGGCUGCGCGUCCGCCGCGCCAUGCGUCUCCCACCCGGUUCGGCCGGCGUGCGGCCCGAGCAGCGAGCCGUCUGGAUGGAUGCCCGGUUCCGAGCCUUUGUCUUCGCCGUCACGGGCGCCUACCUCGCCGUCUUCAUCCGAGUGGCCGAGAUGGCGGGCGGCUGGGGAAACCACAUCAUGCAGGAUCAAAUCAGCUUCCUCAUACUCGACAGCACCCUCGUCCUCGUCGCCGUCUCUCUCCUCACCAUUUUCCACCCCGGCAUCUUCUUCCCGCAGAUGCGCAACGGCGGCAAGGGAAGCAAGAACGGAAACAUCGCGUCUUCCGAUGGCUCUGGAGUCGCCGAUGGCGAGGGGACCGGGGCAAACGAUGCAGCAGACUCGUCCGGAGACGCCAAGGUCGAGAAGGGAGAGGAGGACAGGUCAAGGGCAAUGCCGUAG